CCCCACAGCCCAGCAGCAUCAGCUCUGCCAGCCGGUCCAGCCCACCAGUCCAGCGCCAUCACCAUGGAAACCAGCAGCUGACUUCCUAUUGGUGGGCGGGAGAGGAGGGGAGGAGAGGGCUGGCUUUCCCCAGCUCACCCCCCACCCCAUUCCGAGGCUCAGCCCUCCUCGGCGCCCACCAUCUCGGGGCUCCAGGGCUGUUGGAGGCUCCUGCAGUCUCCAGAGCGGAGUUCAGCCAGGGCAGAGACUAUGAGGCAGGCGGCCCACCGGCCCAGGCCUCCCUAGGACCAGUCCGGCUGCCCAGCCAGCGAGCAGCAGAGAGAGCAGGGAGCGAGAAAGGACCACGGCGGACCGCUGGCCAGCACCCCAGCAGGCUGAGGAGCUGUGAUGGAUGGCCAGACCCACAGACACUGACGGACACACAAUGACACCGAUGCCCACAGCUGCACAACACUGACACACUCCGAUCUACAACCAGUAACAGCAUCACACACUACCACAGUCCCGCAAUACAGACACACACACACGGAAACGACUGGUAACUGUGACACAGGCACAGACAGUGACACACAGCACACCCCUCACAACACACAUGAGGGGGGGCACUCAUCCUCCAGCACACACAGACAGUGCUGCCUUGCACAGACAGACCUAGAGACACACACACACACCCUCACCCAGGCGCUGCUGUUGGGGGCCCCUGCACAACCUUCCCACCGCCACAGGAACACCCUCAUUUUGCCACACAUUCAGGCACGCACACAGGCAGCCACGAGCAAACACAGCUUGCAAACCCACAGCUCCAGCUCCCGCAGCCCAGAUUCCUUCUGCAGCCUCCGACGUGGGCAGGGAAGAGCUCAGCCAAUCUUGGAUGGAGCCUCAGUGAAGCCAAGAGCUCAGAGGAGAAAGAGUCUAGCUUGGCAUGACCCUUGCCAGCCCCUCCACUUGGCUGGGUGAUGUCCCCUGGCCCGGGUCCUGGGGCCCCUUGGCAGUACCAUGGAGCAACUGACACCCCUGCUACGGCCUGGAGACCCUGGAGCCAUGGAGCUGUGGGCCCGGCCCGCCUGGCAGAGCUGGACUCCAGGCCAGGAGGGUGAAACUGGAGGCACAGCCCCAAGCAUUGCUGAUAUGCCGGCAGCUCUGCAGGUUGGAGAAUCAAGGCCAGAGGAGAGCUCAGAGCCCAAGGGAGUCCAGAGCCCAGGGCCUAUGGGGGGCACUGACCCUGAAGGGGCACAAGCUGGACUGCCCAUCCUGGGGUGGCAAACAGAGAGCCCUGAAGCUGUCUGCCCGAGACAGGAGGAUGAGGAUGUGGAGGCUUUCCCUAAGGCCAAGCUGAGCAUGGGCUUUGAGGACAGACCCAACCUGGAGCUGCUGAGGGCCCUGGGGGAGCUGCAGCAGCGCUGUGCGGUCCUUAAGGAGGAAAACCAGAUGCUGAGAAAGAGCAGCUUUCCCGAGACGGAGGAGAAGGUGCGGAGGCUGAAGCGGAAGAAUGCCGAGCUGGCAGUCAUUGCCAAGCGCCUGGAGGAGAGGGCCCGGAAGCUGCAGGAGACUAACCUGAGGGUGGUGAGCGUCCCCAUGCCCCGUCCGGGGGCCAGCUUGGAGUUGUGCCGGAAGGCACUGGCCCGCCAGCGAGCCCAGGACCUCAGCGAGACGGCCAGCGUCCUGCUGGCCAAGGACAAGCAGAUUGCCGCCCUGCAGCUGGAGUGCAGGGAGCUGCAGGCCAGGCUCACCCUGGUGGGCAAGGAGGGCCCCCAGUGGCUCCACGUGCGGGACUUCGACCGGCUUCUGCGCGAGUCCCAGCGGGAGGUGCUGCGGCUGCAGAGGCAGAUCGCCCUGCGCAACCAGCAGGAGCCGCCCCCGCCACCCAGGCCCCCGGGCCCCGCUGCCCGGACCAGAGCAGGGGCUCCCGCCCCUGGGGCUCCGGGAGAGGCCUUUCCCCAGGAGGAUGUGGACAACCCACAGGUGGUCAUAGGGGAGCCAGAAAAACAGCAGCAGGUGCAGCAGCUGGAGUCCGAGCUCAGCAAGAAGCGCAAGAAAUGUGAGAGCCUGGAGCAGGAAGGCCGGAAGAAGCAGAGGCGCUGUGAGGAGCUGGAGCUGCAGCUGAGAGAGGCCCAGAGUGAGAAUGCCCGCCUCGUGGAGGAGAACUCUCGGCUCAGUGGGAGAGCCACGGAGAAGGAGCAGGUAGAGUGGGAGAAUGCAGAACUGAGGGGCCAGCUUCUGGGGGUGACAGAGGAGAGAGAUUCUGCCCUUCGCAAGAGCCAGGGCCUGCAGAGCAAGCUGGAGAGCCUGGAACAGGUGCUGAAGCACAUGCGGGAGGUGGCCCAGCGGCGGCAGCAGUUGGAGGUGGAGCAUGAGCAGGCGCGGCUCAGCCUGAGGGAGAAGCAGGAGGAGGUCCAGAGGCUGCAGCAGGCCCAGGCAGAAGCCAAGAGGGAACAUGAAGGGGCCGUGCAGCUGCUGGAGUCUACCUUGGAUUCCAUGCAGGCCCGGGUUCGAGAGCUCGAGGAGCAAUGCCGCAGCCAAACUGAGCGCUUCAGCCUCCUGGCACAGGAGCUCCAGGCCUUCCGUCUGCACCCAGGCCCCUUGGAUCUGCUUACCUCUGCCCUGGGCUGCAGUGCUCUUGGGGAACGCCCACCACCCCCUUGCUGCUGCUCCACCCCCCAGCCCUGCCGGGGACCCGGCCCCAAAGACCUUGACCUCCCGCCGGGCUCCCCAGGGCGCUGCACCCCAAAGUCUUCCGAGCCUGCCCCCGCCACCCUUGCUGGGAUCCCUCGAAGGACGGCCAAGAAGGCAGAGUCUCUGUCCAACUCCUCUCGCUCUGAGUCCGUCCACAACAGCCCCAAGUCAUGCCCUACCCCAGAGGUGGACACAGCCAGUGAGGUGGAGGAGCUGGAGGCAGACAGUGUCUCCCUGCUCCCAGCAGCCCCGGAGGGCAUCCGGGGAGGAGCCAGGAUCCAGGUCUUCCUCGCACGCUACAGCUACAACCCCUUCGAGGGCCCCAAUGAGAACCCGGAGGCAGAGCUGCCACUGACUGCUGGCGAGUACAUCUACAUCUAUGGCAACAUGGAUGAGGAUGGCUUUUUUGAAGGUGAGCUCAUGGAUGGCCGAAGGGGCCUGGUCCCCUCCAAUUUUGUGGAGCGUGUGUCUGACGAUGACCUCCUGACCACCCUUCCUCCAGAGCUGGCCGAUUUGUCCCACAGCUCAGGCCCCGAACUCAGUUUCCGGAGUGGAGGUGGGGGUGGCAGCAGCAGUGGGGGCCAGAGCUGCGGGGGACAUAGCCAGCCCCGACCCGAGGAGGAGGACACAGUGGACGAGCUCAGCCUGAGCCCCGCGCCGGAGGGCCUGGGCGAGUCCCCUGCUGUGCCUUACCCCUGCCAUCUGGUGGUCCUCAAGCAACUUGCCCACAGCGUGGUGCUGGCCUGGGAGCCGCCCGCUGAGCGAGUGGAGCUGCUCGGCUACCAUAUCUGCGUGAACGGAGAGCUGCGCCAGGCCCUGGAACCCGGGGCACCCCCCAAGGCUGUGCUCGAGAACCUGGACCUGCGGGCCGGGCCCCUCCACAUCUCGGUCCAGGCCCUGAGCAGCCGAGGCAGCUCCGACCCCCUGCGCUGUUGCCUGGCUGUGGGCACCCAGGCUGGGCUGGGGCCCAGCCAGCUGCGGGUCCGUCGGCUGACAGCCGUGUCUGCUGAGAUCACCUGGGUGCCCAGCAAUAGCAGCUUGGCCCAUGCCAUCUACCUCAAUGGGGAGGAGUGCCCACCUGCCCGCCCCAGCACCUACUGGGCCACCUUCUGCUGCCUGCGGCCUGGCACACCCUACCAGGCCCGAGUGGAGGCUCAGCUCCCACCCCACGGGUCCUGGGAACCAGGCUGGGAGCGGCUGGAGCAGCGGGCUGCCACCCUGCGGUUCACCACACUCCCAGCUGGCCCACCCGAUGCCCCGCUGGAUGUGCAGAUCGAGCUGGGGCCCUCCCCUGGAAUCUUGAUCAUCAGCUGGCUCCCAGUCACCAUCGACGCUGCUGGCUCCUCCAACGGCGUCCGGGUCACAGGCUACGCCAUCUAUGCCGACGGACAGAAGAUCAUGGAGGUGGCCUCGCCCACGGCCGGCAGUGUGCUGGUGGAGCUGUCCCAGCUGCAGCUGCUGCGGGCGUGCCGCCAGGUGGCCGUGCGCACCAUGUCGCCCCACGGCGAGUCGGCCGACUCCCUCCCGGCCCCCAUCGCCCCGGCCCUGGCCCAGGCCGGCCUGCCAGCCAGGGUCUCCUGCCCCUCACCUCGAUCAGGCCUGGAGGCCAGACCACCUGCUACUCCAGCCUCCCCAGGACCUAGAAACCCCAGCUCUCCCCUCCGGCAUCCCACCCCCUUUGGAACUCGAGAGCCCCCAGGAAGCCCGCCAGCAAGCCCUCCCAGACAGACAUCAAGAGGAUCCCAAGAGGAGCCUCCAGUGCCUUGCUCCCAGGAGAAGGCCAGGGCAGCAGGGCUGGGCACUUCGGCAGAGAGAAGGACCAACGAGCUGACCCUGGGAGAGGCAGGCCCGGGCCCUGCAGCUCCCUCACUGGCCAAGGAGGAGGGGCUGCAGGCCACGGGAGAGGCCCGCCCAUGGCCCUGCUCCACCCAGGGGGUGCCAGCCCAAGGGACGCCGGGCGCCGAAGCCUGCCUCGGGGGAGACGUGGGGCGGACCAGAGCCGAGAGGGAGGACACGGCAGAGCUCGGGGCCCGUCUGGCGAGCUCCCUUGUGGACCAGGGCCGCAACUCAGACCUGUCAGACAUCCAGGAGGAGGAAGAGGAGGAGGAGGAGGAGGAGGAAGAGGAGCUGGGUUCCAGGCCUGGCUCUUUCCAGAAGCAAGUUGCUGGCAACAGCAUCAGGGAGAACAGGGCCAAGCCCCAGUCCGACUCCUCGUGUGAGACUGACAGCGACGAGGAGAUCUUGGAGCAGAUCCUGGAGCUGCCCCUCCAGCAGUUCUGCAGCAAGAAGCUCUUUAGCAUCCCCGAGGAGGAGGAAGAGGAGGACGAGGAGGAGGAGGACGAGGAGGAGAAGCCGGGGUCAGGCCCCUCUCCCCGAGGUCCUUGCCCGCCUGAGCCUGCGUUGCUGGGGCUGGGCUGUGAAGGCAGUCAGCCCCGAGGACCGAGCCCAUGUCCCUUGUCUCCCGAGCCCUGCAGGGCCGGGGACUGCCCGGAGGAUGUGCCCACACUAGUUGGCGGAAACAGCCGGAGGAGAGGAGGUGGCUCCCCCGAGAAACCCCCAAACCGCAGGCGGCCCCCAGAUCCCCGUGAACAUUGCAGCCGACUCCUCAGCAAUGGCGGGCCCCAGGCCCCUGGACGACCAGACCCCACGCGGGAGAGGGGCAGCCCCACUGUGGGCGAGGGGGCCAGGGGAGGACCAGAGGCUGGUGGGAGAGGGCGGCCGGCCCCUUCCCGGAGGUGCCACCGGGGCCGGGCCCUGGAAUCUGGCCUGGCCAGCUGCCUCUCUCCCAAGUGCUUGGAAAUCAGCAUUGAAUACGAUUCUGAGGAUGAGCAGGAGGCGGGCGGCGGGGCCAACAGUAUCACCAGCUCCUGCUACCCCGAAGAUGGGGAAGCCAGGAGCAUGGCACCCAUGGGAAGGCCCUGGGGGCCUCUGAAGGCCAAUGCAGGCCCCAACCCCUACCCACGCCCCACGGCCUGGGAGAAAGGGGAGCCAGAGCGGAGAGGCCGCAGUGCGUCUGGCAGAGCCAAGGAGCCACCCUCCCGGGCCACAGAAACUGGGGAGCCCAGAGGGCAGGACAGCUCUGGGCGGAGGGGUCCCCCGCGGAGAGAGGGCCGGGCCCCCAGGCCGGGCUCCUGCAAGCUGGCUCUCUCCACAGCCCCUCCGAGUAGCCCCCUGGAAGAGGCGCUGGCUUACCGGGACCUACCUGUCAGGGUCUUUGUGGCUCUGUUUGACUACGACCCUGUGUCAAUGUCCCCCAACCCUGAUGCCGGGGAAGAGGAGCUCCCCUUCCGGGAGGGGCAGAUUCUGAAGGUGUUUGGUGAUAAGGACGCUGAUGGCUUCUACUGGGGUGAAGAUGCGGGCAGGACAGGCUACAUCCCCUGCAACAUGGUGGCGGAGGUGGCCGUAGACAGCCCCGUGGGGAGACAGCAGCUGCUCCAGCGGGGUUAUCUGUCCCCAGAUGUCCUCGUUGAGGGCUCAGGGAAUGGGCCCUCCAUGUACUCCACAACCCGCACGACUGGGCCUCCCCCCAAGCCCCGGCGCUCCAAGAAAGGCCCCCCCAAGCCAGUCUCCUCAGCGGGCCUGAAGGCAACCCACUCCAUGGUGGCUGUUUUUGACUACAACCCCCGGGAGAACUCCCCCAACGUGGACGUGGAGGCGGAGCUGCCCUUCCGGGCAGGGGACAUCAUCACUGUGUUUGGGGGCAUGGACGAUGACGGUUUCUACUAUGGGGAACUGAAUGGACAAAGGGGUCUGGUUCCAUCCAACUUCCUGGAGGGCCUUGGGCCUGAAGCAGGCAGCCCGGACUGGGAGCCUGGGACACCCCUGGCCGAGAGUCAGGACUGGGCCAGCUCAACACAAGGGGCCCCUGUGUCCCAAGGCAGACCCUAUGUCCCCAGCCCUGGCAGCCCCUCCGGGACUGAGCUGGGGGACCCACAGGGUACAAGCGAGAAGGUGCGUUGUCUCCUCUCCAAGGGGAAGCAGCUCCUCAGGAAACUGAGCUCUGGGAAGAAGGAGUGAAGCUGUGGCCCAUCCUGCAGGCAGAAGCAGCCCCCCGAGGCCCCCUGAGGACCCCAGAUCUUUGUCCUGACCGGGCAGGGAGGGCCCCAGACUUGGAUGGGAAUCAAAGAGACUUGGUGAAGAUCAAAGUUAGAUGGUCCUUAAGGAUGAAUCCUCUAGAUGGGCACCUUCCACUCACAGGAGGGGAAACCUGGGCCAAGGUCUCCCAGCACCUGAGUCACGCAGCCAGGAUUGGACCCAGAACUCUGGACUCCUAGUCCAGUGCUUUUCCCACCAUCCUAGGCUAGACCCUUCCCCAGACCUCCCCAGAUCCCCGGGACCUUGAGGGGAGAGACGGGCCAUAACUUGGAUGGUGCUGGCUGCCCCUUCACGUCUGUCUUCCCUCCCAGAAGGAAAGUUUUGCACUGGAUUCUCCUGAGCCCCACCUUCCCACCGCGGCAGGAGGGGCGGAGCUGUGUAUAUAUGUACAUACUCAGUGCCUCGUUCCAGCUUCCUCCAUCUUGCUUCUACCGCGCAGGGCCAGGAAGGAGAACGGCCAUGCCAAAGCGGGCCUGAUCCCGCCCCCAUCGGGCGCCACCCGGCCCUGCCAGCCCGGCCUCUGGGCCCCUGUGUGUCCCACCCCAAGGGCCCAGCAGGGCCCUGCGGGCGGAAAGCAGGAGUUGGGUUUGCCUUAUUUUGCUCAUUGGAUUCAGUUUCUCUUUUGCAUUGUUUUUCUCUGGCCCCUGUACGAGUCCGGGGCUGGGGGAAAGGACAGAUGUAUGCAGCUAUUUUCAUACAUUCCCUGUGGAGAGUGGUUCUCCGCCCUCACCCUAACCACCCCGCCCCGCCCCGGGGCUGGGGGCGUGUCCCUGCAUGUUUCCCUUGCUGUGGUGGGAGAUGGUUCGACUGAACCCCCACCUGCACUUUGGUCUCAAGUCUUUCCAGGGAGUGUGGAAUGGUGGGGGGUUUUGUUUAAAAAGACAUUUUAUUAUAAUAAAAUCUAUUUUCACAAAA